AUGCAGGUGGGAGUCCCGGCGUGUUUCCUUUUCUUGAGUGUUUUCGUCGUCGCUUGCUUGCUGAAUGGGACUGAAGCCGCGCACGCAUUGCUUCUGACCAAGAGCAAGCACAAGAAACCGGGUCUCAGUGGCGAAGGCGCGAAACACGAAGGCAAGCAUGGAAAGAAGAAGGAAAGCAGCAAGAAGGGAGACAAAGAGCAUCACGGGGAGAAGAACGAGAGCAAGGACUCUCACAAGAAGGUUAAACACCCGCGAACCGUCGACGAGGUGUACGGAUGGUGA